AUGUCUUGUAAGAAGAAGGAGUUCGAGAAAGCGAGAGGGUUUCUUAAUUGGAUGUGGAAAGAGGGUUUUAAGCCGGAUGUGUUUAGUUACAGCACUGUGAUCAACGAUCUUGCGAAAACUGGAAAAUUGGAUGAUGCAUUGGAACUGUUCGAUGAUAUGUCUGAAAGAAGAGUGGCACCUGAUGUUACGUGUUAUAAUAUCUUAAUUGAUGGGUUUCUUAAGGAAAAAGAUCACAAGAUGGCUAUGCAACUGUGGGACAAACUGUUGGAGGACUCUUCUGUUUAUCCGAAUGUUAAGACUCACAACAUCAUGAUUAGUGGUUUGAGCAAAUGUGGAAGAGUAGAUGAUUGUUUGAAGAUAUGGGACAGAAUGAAACAGAAUGAGCGAGAAAAAGAUUUGUAUACAUAUAGCAGUUUGAUACAUGGGCUGUGCGAUGAAGGGAAUGUUGAUAAGGCUGAAAGUGUGUUUAACGAGUUGGUCGAAAGGAAGGCCUUUAUUGAUGUGGUUACAUACAAUACUAUGCUUGGUGGGUUUUGCCGUUGUGGGAAAAUUAAGGAGAGUUUGGAGUUAUGGAGAAUCAUGGAGCAGAGGAAUUCAGUUAACAUAGUGAGUUAUAACAUUUUGAUAAAAGGGUUGUUGGAGAAUGGGAAGAUCGAUGAAGCAACAAUGAUUUGGAGGCUUAUGCCUGCCAAGGGCUAUGCAGCUGACAACACAACUUAUGGUAUUUUUAUUCACGGGUUAUGUGUGAAUGGUUAUGUAAAUAAAGCCUUGGGGGUGAUGCAAGAGGUGGAGAGCAAAGUGAUGACGAUAUAG